AUGAGCGGUGAUGAUGAAUCUAGCUUCAACGAUGGCGGUAGUGGAGGUUCAUCGCCAUUUUUAGAUACGCCGUUGGAGGGACCGGAGGCUAAGCUAAACGAAGAAUCGCUAAACAAAGAGAGUAGCGUGGUGGGUACUGAUUAUCAUAGUCUACAGUUGGCAAGGAGAGACGAAAAAAUCGGUCAGUUAGAGAGUAGGUUAAGUGAUCUCACCAAAGAGUUCGAACUGGCUCAGUUACAGUUACAAGACGACAACGUCGCACUGCAGAACAGCUAUCAGCUUAACGUAGAGGAGCUUGAAAAAGUCACCGCAGAUCUCAAGUUUACCCAGGAGAUCAACGACAAACUAAACAUACAGUACAACGAACUGAGAUCGAAACUGGGAUCGGAACUACAAGGCGAAAACAAAGAUUCGCAUUUCGAGGAAUUGGAUCUACAGCUAAAGCUGAAGGAUCAAGAAAUCGAACGAUUGAAUUUUGAACAUGAAUCACACAUCUCAAAGCUUGGUUUCGAAAUGAAAGAUAUGUCCAUAGAACUUAACGUACUACGAACGAAGACCCAAAAACUAGAAACUGAGUUACAAACCAAUUUUGUUGAGUUAAAGGAAUCUCGAAAACUGUUGGUCACUAAACAAGACGAAAUCGAUGAUCUGCAGAGACUAAACGCACAGUAUGGUCAAAUGAAAAUGACAGAUCUAGAAGACGAGAUGACAACGGUAAAUCAGAUGUUACAGGAUCAAGUCAAGUAUACCAUGGAGCUAGAAAAGACAAACCUCGAACAAGCAGACGAAUUAAAGAAGCUAAGAGCCCACGCACCAUCUGACAACUCUGGGAAGCGCACUGAUUACGAAGUAAAUAAUGAAUCAAGCGAGUAUCAAGCAUUAAAGAAAGAGCAUGAAGACUUACAGUUAGAAAUGUUAUCUCUCAAAUCGAAGCUAUCUUCAUGGGAGGUUUAUAUGGAGAAGGAUACUAAUUUAAAUAGCUCGCUACCUGCCAAUGGAAGUCCCGAAGAAAUCAUCCACGACUGGAAAGUAACAAAACAAGAAAAUACAGCUCUUAUUGACGAAAACUCUAAGCUAACUUUGGCAAUGAGCAACUUCAAAUUACUGAACGAGGAAUUAGCGAUGGAACGAAAUCAACUGCUGCGGUUGAAUAAGGAUUAUGAGUCAAAUAUAAUCAACAUGAAGAGGUUGAAUCAUGAAUUGGAGCAACAAAAUGUUCUUUUCAAAGAAGAAUGUAAGAUCUUACGAAAACAAAUGGAUGAUUUUACAAACUUGAGUAGCACCAAUGGAAAUGGAAACAAUCAGGGAGUGACUCAAGACACCCAGAAAAAAUUAGAGAACUUGAUUGACGACUACAAAAAUAAGACGGAUGAUCUGACGAACGAAUUGCAGAAAGUGAAUAACGAGUUGUUACAAGCCACAGAAGAGGAGCAAAACCAAGUUAAAAAGCGGAAACGGUCAAUUGGAUCUGGCGAUAAUUUGAAUUACUAUUCGAAGCGUAUCAACGAGCUACAGCUUGAAGUUGGUAAACUGACAAGAGAUUUGAACAAAUACAGAAACUUAAACAAACUUUUGGACGACAAAUUGAAGAGACUUAUCACAUUGAAGGAGAAAAAGAUUCGUAUACUGCAAUUAAGAGAUAAUCCAUUAUCAAGAGACCAAUUCAUCAAGAAAGAGCAAUUGCAACUUUUAAAACAAGAAAAAGUUGAUCUAUUGGAGCAGCUGCAAAGUAGCAACCCAAAUCUCCAGACACUACCCAUUUCCGUGUACCAAACACUCGAAUUUGAUUUCAAACAACGGGAGAAGGAGAUCUUGAGAACCAACAAGAAAUUCCUUCGUCUGAAGGAGAUAUUCAAUAAGAAAUCGCUCGAAUUCAUAGACGUUGUCAAUUCAAUACUUGGCUUCAGGCUAGAAUUCCAACAGAAUAAUAAAGUGAAGAUAUACUCAUGUUUUCAGCCAGAUGCACAUCUCGUGGUGGAUCUAGUUAAGAAUACAUUAGUAUCCAACAUAUCGCUCGAUAACUGGGAGAGUUUAAUGUCUCUAUGGGUUGUGGAAAGAGGGCAGGUACCUUGCUUUUUGGCAGCAAUAACAUUGCAAUUAUGGGAAAAGCAACAACAGCAUACUGCAUGA